GUCUCACUCUGUCGCCGAGGCUGGAGUGUAGUGGCGCGAUCUAGGCUCACUGCAACCUCCGCCUCCCGGGUUCAAGCAAUUCUCCCACCUCAGGCUCCCUAGUAGCUGGAAUUACAGGCACGCGCCACUACGUUCGGCUAAUUUUUGUAUUUUUAGUAGAGACGGGGUUUCACCAUGUUGGCCAGGCUGGUUUCGAACUCCUGACCUCAGGUAUCCGCCCUCCUCGGCCUCCCUAAGUGUUGGGAUUACACGCGUGAGCCACCGCUCCCGGCCUGUCCAUUUAUUUUUGUUUUCUUUUUGUCACACUAAAAUAUAAGCUCCAUGGGAGCAGUGACUCUGGAUCUGUGGGGCCCGGAAUAAACAGCGACUGACGCCGACUGCGUUCAGCAAGAGUCCGCUGGAGGAUGGCUGGAUAUUUCGGGGAGGGUCGCUCUGGCAGGAGCCGCUGGAGGUACCCUAGCAACGCCAUCCAAAUCAACCCGAACGAAGAAGUGCGGACACUCGCCCUGGCCCCUCCGUCCUGAAAAGCUGACCCGCGCAAACAGCAGCGAAUGGCAAGACUCAGUUCUAGGUCGCUGCCGCCAAACUUUCCCAGGCCGGAAGCAGCGUGGAAACGUUGCCGGAAGUGGAGACUGAAAGCGGCGGAAGGGACGCUGGUAUGUGGAGCGGUGUGGGGCGGCUGCUGCGGAACUCGGCGCUUGUGGUUCCCGCCAUACUUCCCGUUCCCCAUCUAGUAACUCCCAUCUCAGCCCACGUAUCUCUCUGAGUGGAAAUCUCGGGCCCCAGACCAGUCGAUUGGGAGGUCCGCCCUCCCCUUCAGCGACUUGGUUUGUGUUUUGGCAGUUGCCCCGACAACAGUCACUUCCGGGAAGGAGUUCUGCGAAUCUCCUUCCGCCGGUCCGUUCACAAUCAGCUGUCCUCUCAGACCGUGUGGGUGGUUUCCCCGGCCGCAGCUCGGUACGGGUGUGGAUUGCUGGGCCUCGGUGCACCCCAGCCUCCCCCACUUGGGUUCUGAGCUUGAGCUGGCGGCUCCUCUAUCUCCGGUUCACUGUUGCUCUUGGCAACAUCCACUUCCGGGAGCGAGUGCCGUUUCCCCCGCUCACCGCGGUCUAGGGAGCGUGGGAUUCCGGACUCUGAGCGGCUGUUAGUGCGUCGCCGCUGCUGGCGAUCCGGCGACCCUCGGCCGGCAGGACCCGCGGGCCACGCAGCCAGGGCCUUCUCACCGCCUCAGUGGGACCGCCAUGGUUCUGCUGCACGUGAAGCGGGGCGACGAGAGCCAGUUCCUGCUGCAGGCGCCUGGGAGCACCGAGCUGGAGGAGCUCACGGUGCAGGUGGCCCGCGUCUAUAAUGGGCGCCUCAAGGUGCAGCGCCUCUGCUCAGAAAUGGAAGAAUUAGCCGAACAUGGCAUAUUUCUCCCUCCUAAUAUGCAAGGACUGACUGAUGAUCAGAUUGAAGAAUUGAAAUUGAAGGAUGAAUGGGGUGAAAAAUGUGUACCCAGUGGAGGUGCAGUAUUUAAAAAGGAUGAUAUUGGACGAAGGAAUGGGCAAGCUCCAAAUGAGAAAAUGAAGCAAGUGUUAAAGAAGACUAUGGAAGAAGCCAAAGCAAUAAUAUCUAAGAAACAAGUGGAAGCCGGUGUCUGUGUUACCAUGGAGAUGGUGAAAGAUGCCUUGGACCAGCUUCGAGGCGCGGUGAUGAUUGUUUACCCCAUGGGGUUGCCACCGUAUGAUCCCAUCCGCAUGGAGUUUGAAAAUAAGGAAGACUUGUCGGGAACACAGGCAGGGCUCAACGUCAUUAAAGAGUCAGAGGCGCAGCUGUGGUGGGCAGCCAAGGAGCUGAGAAGAACAAAGAAGCUUUCAGACUACGUGGGGAAAAAUGAAAAAACGAAAAUUAUCGCCAAGAUUCAGCAAAGGGGACAGGGAGCUCCAGCCCGAGAGCCUAUUAUUAGCAGUGAGGAGCAGAAGCAGCUGAUGCUGUACUAUCACAGAAGACAAGAGGAGCUCAAGAGAUUGGAAGAAAAUGAUGACGAUGCCUGUUUAAACUCACCAUGGGCGGAUAACACUGCUUUGAAAAGACAUUUUCAUGGGGUGAAAGACAUAAAGUGGAGACCAAGAUGAAGUUCACCAGCUGAUGACACUUCCAAAGAGAUUAGCUCACCUUUCUCCUAGGCAAUUAUAAUUUGAAAAAAAAGGCCACUUACUGCCCUCUGUAAAAGAUGUUAACAUUUCUAGUUUUCUUUUAGUGUGAAUUUUUAAAAUAGCAGUUAUUCAAGGUUUUAGAACUUAAUAAAUACAUAGAAGAAAAUGUGUAAA